UUUGUGGGAAACAAGAAUAACUCCAAUAAGCACCGGGGAAUUUGCCGUUCUGCCAAGAUUCUUGUGUUUGCUUGCACAUAACAUUUAGUUGAUAAUUUAUUUUUGACCGGUAAUAAAAUUUCAUAAUCCACAGUGCGAAUAUCACAGGAUAUACCUGAUUCCCUGAACAUAUUUACAUGGUCAGAAAUGGAUAUUAGGUUGUAUAUGCUAUUGACCGCGGGAAUUCUCUUAAUGCUACUACAGGAUUCGGCAUCAGGAUUCGCUUUAGAGAGUACGACGUUUCUGGAAGACAAGUGUGGGCAAACCCUGGAGAUUCCCUGCCCUAAUGCCGCAUCAAAAUUCAAAGACGGCUAUGGCGGGCAGCUACGGUUCUGGCGAAUUCCCCGGGAUCACUGCAAAGUAACGAUCACCUGGAUGAAAUGCUUCCCCAAUUCGAAUACGAAACUCGCUAUAUACAUAAAUAUUCGGGAGUCUUUUAUCCGUGAGAACGACACCAUUAGAAUUUCCGAGGGUGGAAGUCUUCGUAAAGUUAUUCCAGGCGGACGACUAAGCAACGCCUCAUCAUCGGCUGGACAGCUGCGAUCGACUUACUCCAGCAAACCCACGCUGAUCUUCUCGUAUAAACCGGCGCCGAACGCUGCUCAGGCACGAACGAAUCGGGAUCACCAGGUGGUACUGGACUACACCAUUGUGAAAGAUAGUCAUACCGGUGAACAUUUCGGCGACUUCUACUACUGUGGUUCUCUGGAGGGUUACGUGCACCGGGAUCUGUUCUGCCAGGGCAAUCGAAUAACAUGUCCGGAACAUUUCGCAGCCAUACCUGAAGCAACCGAUAUUGCCACGCAGCAGAAAGACCAGGAUUUCUGUACCGGACCGCCAGGAAGCCGCACCAAACCCCCUCCCGAACCGCCGGCCACGACGACCAGCACUCAACCAUUCCACACCCAAGCCACGCCCAACCUAACAGCAACGGCACGUGUAUUAUCCGAACCGACAUCUUUCCACAUUGAAGAUCACAGUUCGACCUUCAGUUUAACAAAUGAGACGGACAUGGCGACAAUGAAGACUAAGAGCGGGCAACCAACUUCCAAAGAUUCCUGUUUGGAUGCCGAUUCGUUGCCGCUGUAUGUGGAUUGUCGGGGCAAUACCCUGACUUUAAAUCGCAAUGUGACGGCUGGAGAGGAUCCCUCGUCUGUCGUGUUCACCCGUGAUUCGAGCCGGUUGUGCCGGCAGUUAUUAGCCGAUUUCGCCGAGCUCAUUGCGCUGCGAGCACGAAGCAAGAAUUAGUGCUACUCUUAAACCAUGAAAAUGAUUUUGUAGGGACGUUGGGUUAUUUCGUCUCAUGGUUCUACGAUUUUGAAAAGGUGAAAACAUUUAUAAUUUUCAGUAUCUGUAUAAUAAUACGUUUUUUGCUAAUUCCUAUGUUUGUCGGACUGUGAAAUAAAGCGUAAAAACUAAAG